GAAUAUAUCAUAGUGUAGCAUUUUACAUUUUUUACAUAUUUUACAUAUAACAUGGACCUAAACAUUUCGUAGCUUCGAUUCACUUUGCAUUUGUGAAUCGAUUCGACCGAUGUAUUGAAAAGAACGUGUCCAAACGAACCGACCAGCUCAUGCUAGCUGAAAGCUGCAGCCUCGGGUUAGUAUCAUGUGAUUCAAAGUAAGACUCCGGAAACACCGACUACAUCCGCGGGAGAAUUAUUGCCGUUCUCCGCGAACCUGGCUAGCUGUCGUAGUAUGAAGACGGCCACGGCUUGUCUUUUAAAGGACAUUGGAAGAAUACGGUGCGUAGGUUGAAUAAUGGAGUUGGCCCACCACGGUCUUGUUCUUCUGCAGCGGCUCAGUGCUCAGAGGGAGUACGGUUUCCUGUGUGACUGCACGGUGGCUAUUGGGGAUGUUUAUUUUAAAGCUCACAAGGCGGUCCUUGCUGCAUUUUCAGACUAUUUUCGUAUGCUGUUCAUUCACCAAGACAGUGAAUGUGUUCGCCUGAAGCCCUCAGACAUACAGCCAGAAAUCUUCAGCUAUCUGCUUAACCUAAUGUACACAGGAAAACUGACUACACAGAUGAUCGAUCCUCAUCACCUGGAGCAGGGAGUGAAAUUCCUGCAUGCCUAUCCUCUUUUACAAGAGGCAAGCCUCCUGAUUCACCCAGAGGCACAGUGUGUUCCUUUGACAAACUCUCUAUAUGGGAUUCAGAUCUCUGAUCAGCCAUGUGGUUGGCCCAGUAGGAAUAAAACAUGCAAGCGCCACACGUGUCCUGAAAACAGUGGUGAGGCUUUGACUCAAAGCUUUUCUGAAGCUAUUGAAACAAAAUCAAUCAAUUCUGUAGAUGUUCACAGCCAGGAGUCCCCCACUGAGAUACCUGCAACCACCUCCAUCCAACAUAUCACAUCUGGUAUUAUGAGGAGAAAUUCGUCUUUCAGAAAACAUUACACAUGCAAUCACUGUGGGAGUCGCUUUAGCCAGAGAUGUCAAUUAAAGGAGCAUCUUCUUCUCCAUGCUAACCAGUCCUUUGAACAUCAUGUGUCACCUAUGGUAGAUGGCUACACUAUGGAACUGGAAGGUCAGGAUGCUGAAGAUGAGGUUCUCCGUGUUGACAGUGAUGAUGUGAGUGAUACGGACCUACAGAUGAGGAGGGAUAAUACCCCGCCUCCUUCAGAUAUUGCUGAUAUAGAUAACCUGGAAGCCCUGGAACGUGAGGUAAAACGGCGCAAGUUUGAGUGUCCAACUUGUGGUCGCAAGUUCAUCCAGAAAAGCCACUGGCGGGAGCAUAUGUACAUUCACACAGGCAAGCCAUACAAAUGUAGUGCUUGUGGGAAGAGCUUUUGCAGAGCAAGCCAGGCUUCUAGACAUGUGUGCCUCAUUCAGGGCACAGAGUCAUACACAAUGGUGAAUAAACAGAGCAUGGUGCUGUGUGGUGGGGAAGACAACAGCCAGGUAGAGGCGCUUUUCUUGUCAUCAAGCAGACGUUACAAAUGCAGCGUGUGUGCAUUGCCGUUUUGCAGCCCCUCUGAGGUCCUCAAACAUCAGUGUCUGACUCAGGGGACAGUGAUACCUGUGCAAGAUGACCCGUCAGGUGAACAUGCAAAUGGCACUUCAAUAGCUGAAGAAUCUGUCCCAAAUACUGGUUCAGUGACAAUGUCCACUGAGGAAGUUUAGCAGAACUGGAGCCUUACUGAUCAGAAACUGCAGCUUUGUCUAACAUUUGAAGUAUUAAUAUUUCUUGACAGAACAUUUUUACUUGAGGUAUUUUCAUAUUUUCUUUCUGAGAAAAAUGCAAUUAACAGCACAGCCUUCUCUCUUUCUUUAAAACCAUUCAUGUGUACAAGGUACUGUUUCCUUUCUGCAGUGUAACACAAAUACCAGAUUUUAUAUGUAUACCAGGAGAAUAUUACCAAGUGUACCAGAAAUUUUAUGAUUUCUGUAAUGACUGGAUCAGAGAAUCUGUUUUACCUGUUUAGUUAUAAGGAAACUUUCUUGUACCCAGUUAAUUUAUUUAUUUAAGUGCUGUGUGGAAGAAGAUGUUUUUUUUCCCCACUAUUUUAAUAGGCUGUAUCUGCACUGUCCAUUAAUAAAGUCUAUCCACAGAACUUUUAAAA